AUGGAUCCUGGUCGCAAGAGAAUAGGCUCAAUUGCAGAGUCGGCCACGUCAUCUCAUCAGCGGAGUAAACGCGCCAAAUACGCGCCUGUAGCUUGCAAUGAGUGUAAGAAGAAGAAGCUCAAGUGUGUGAGGGAGGAGGGUGAUGAUAUUUCGAAAGAAGAUAGUGAGCCAUCGCGAAGACGCUCAACUCAAGAACCUCAGACAGAUGUCACAUCUCUAAGCCAACAAGUAAUCGCCCUCCAAAACCAAGUUAACGCCCUAACAUCAGCCCUCCAAGACGUAUCCCAGCGUCUACCCCAAAUAACCCUCUCCUCCACAAAAUCCACUCCCCAAGGCCACCCCUCCACCUACCGCAAAGACAUCCGCAACGUGAGGACCGAGCCGCGCGAGCCUCAAUUCGUCGGUCCAACGCGCUCAGCGUACAGCUUCCAGAUCGCAGAAAACUCCCUCACAGGAAUGGGUAUCGAACCAAAUGCUACUGGUACAAGCACGCCGGCUGAAUCACCCAGCGAGACAGAACCUGUUGUUGAGAGUGAGCAUCUUUCUCCAGGGAUUGAAGAUGUUGAGAUUCUGCCGAGUUUGGGGAUUGGGGAGGUUCAGAGGUUGUUGGGUGUUUAUAAUGAGGAGAUCCAGAGUGUUUAUCCGUUCAUUGAUGUUAAUGAGUUAUCGGGCAAGGCAGUUUCGGUGUUUCAGACGCCAAUGGAGAAUACGCUUAAGGAUGUUCAGGCUAUCAAGUUGGCGGUUGCUACGUCUGUUGCGAUAGAGGCACAGGGGCUGAAUAACAUCAGCAAGAGGUUGAUUGAUGAUGUUGAGCCUGUAAUUUGCAGGGUAUCAGGCGAGGCGUUUAUCGAUCUUCAAGAACUUCAACUCAUGAUAAUGCUGAGCAUCUACUGGUUUCAUUGUGGAGAAGACCUCCUCGCCUGGAGAGCCAUCGGCAACGCCGGUCGCGAAGCCCUUGAAAUCGGCCUCCACCGCCGAACCUCACUCUUUGAGAACUUCAAGAACCCUUCAGAACGAGAUUUGGCGAUUCGUUGUUUCUGGUGUGUAUACAUCCUGGACCGAAGGUGGAGUUAUGGCACUAGUCUAUCAUUCGGCAUUUCGGAUCGGGAUAUAGAUCCCCAAUGUCCAGAGCCAGGUGAGGAACAUCCGUAUCUUCGAUGUAUGGUCUCCUACGCCAAAUUAUGCUCUAAAGUCUGGGAGGAUCUACCACUUGACUCAUCACCAUUCAUGGUUCCAAAAGAUAAAGUCGACUUCUUCGAUUUUCUAACUCAGAAAUGGAUUCACUCCAUACCCGAUGAUUUACAGCUCGUGUACCCUCGACUGUCACAAGCUCCACGUCAUCAACCUCGAGUUCUACAGCGCUUAAGAACGCUCCUCUAUCUAAGAGGAAACUACAUUCGAAACCUGGUUCUGCGACAUCACGUUAUGAGCGCUGAGAACUUGCGCUCGGACAUGCAAGGCGCUCAACUCGUUGUCAGCCUUGCACAAGACACAAUCCAAGUUUUAGUAAACCUGAACGAAACAAGCGAUAUAUAUGCACGCCAAAAAGCAACAUUUAAUUAUUUCCUCACAGGCGCUUUGGCAACAAUUCUCCUAGCAGUAUGUCACGGCCCCGACGUCUUCGCCGAUCGGUGCAGACAAAGUUUCCAAGAUGCCGUACGCCUUCUCAAAAACAUAUCUCAGCACGGCCAACUAGGUCGACGACUCUGGCGCUCGCUAAAAGGAACGAUUCAUCGGGCUUUAUCGCUAGAGUCACCAAUCACACCAACUGGUAACACGGCACUUGCGGAGAUUCUGCAACAGGAGACGCCCGAGGUUCGACAGCAGCAGACUGUUGUACCGACGAAUUGGCCUAGAAGUGGCGUGGGGAGUAAUUUUAUGGAUGAUAAUAUGGCGGAUAUGUUUGGGCUGGAGACGGAUUUGUUGAAUUUAUUUAGUGCGUUUGAGCAGGAUAAUAUGAUGAGGCCGGUGAGUCAGGUUAAUGGGCUUGAUCAGGGGGCUGCUGCGUUGCCUGAUCAGAAUGGUGGUGUUGCGCAGGGUGAUGAUCUGAGUCGGUUCAAUGGGGCGUUCUAG